AUGGUUAUCACAUUAAGCCGUAUAAGAUUCUCAAGGAACUAUAGUAAUACGUUGGCGUUCUCUGUGACUUCAGCAGUUUCCAUGAGUGCCUUAAAUUUAUUGUAUAUUCUGCUCUUCAAUACGAUGUUUAAAGAUGUCGUCUCAAUCAAAACCACGCUUUGCAGGCGGCACGAAGCUGAAAACCCCUGCGUCGAGAAAAACACUUGGGUAUUCGAUCAGAAUGCUCGAACUUGUAAUCCUGUGACUCCUGACAAGGAACCCUGCGGGCAUUUUAUUAGCGAAAAGGCUUGCAAAGAGGUCUGUCUACAAAAAAAAAUAAAAAAAUUUUGGAGUGAACGCUUGUUGAAAAAUUAAGAAACAAAUCUUUAAAUAACACUUUUAUUGAAUAUUUGGAAAUGAAUGAAUUGAAAGAGGAUGCCUAACACUGUCAAA